UUUAUUUUUUUUUCUUUCUAAUUCUCUCUUUCUCACUCUCUCUUCCCCUCUCCUCUUCCUCUCGAGUUCAAUUCUUCCGACCUCGAGCUAUACGGAUCUCUCGUUUCAUCACUCGAAUUUCACCAUUCAAGGGUGUAUAGGCGGUCCGAAAUCGAGAUUAGGGUUUCGGGUGGCUGGAAUUUCGGUGGGUUCUCCGGCCGCCGCCGCCGCCGCCGCCGCCUUUUGUGGGGACUUGGUUUUCUGGAGCUGGUGCUUGAUUCAGUCAGUGGAGUUGCUGAAAGUCGGCAUUUUUGGUAGCCCACCGGCGCUGAGUGAGCUGGGGUUUGGCAAGUUUAGAUCUUGGGACUUGUUUCAGGGGGAAUUUCGGAAGUUAGGGUUUUGAGGGUGGUUGACUUGGGGCAGGUUUUGGGGGAGGAGGGGUUUGGAUGGGCUUCUAGGGUUUGCGGGGGUGUUGAGAAAGGAGUAAGAUGUUCUACUCUCAGUUUAUUUUGGCCAAGAAAGGGCCACUUGGAACGAUAUGGAUCGCAGCUCACCUGGAGCGGAAGCUGAGGAAGAAUCAGGUCGCGGAUACUGAUAUUGGUGUCUCAGUAGAUUCUAUUCUUUUCCCUGAAGUCCCAAUUGCACUGCGAUUGUCUAGCCAUCUUCUGCUAGGUGUGGUUAGGAUAUAUUCCCGGAAGGUCAAUUAUCUUUUCCAUGACUGCAGCGAGGCUCUGCUCAAGAUAAAACAGGCAUUUCGGUCAACUGCAGUUGAUCUCCCCCCUGAAGAAUCUACUGCACCCUAUCAUUCCAUUACUCUUCCAGAGACCUUUCAUCUGGAUGAUUUUGAGCUGCCCGAUAGCGCGUAUGAGGGUGACUUUGUCGACCGCCAUGUCAGUUCGAAAGAGCAGAUUACACUUCAAGAUACUAUGAAUGGUACAGGAUAUUCAACAUCGCAAUUUGGACUGGAUGAAAGAUUUGGCGAUGGAAAUGCUUCACAGAUUGGCUUAGACCUUGAUGAGGACUUAUUCUUGGACAAGCAUCCCUCACCUCAGCAUGCAUCAACUCCACUGGGCUCAGAUAAGUGUGCUAUGCAUCAGGGUCCGUCCUUGUUUUCUCUUGCUGACAUGGAAAUUGAUGAAGGUGAAAGUGGGUUUAAUAAGGAUAAGUGUGUUGAAACUCCAAAUGAUUUGUCUGAACAGUCUAAUAAUCCUGACAAGCAUAUAUUUCCAAGAAAUGAUGGCACUUCACAGUCUCAUGGGUACAAUAUUCAAACUCCUGAUCUUAAUGAAGUAUUUUUUCCAAAUGAUCAUAUUGAAGGCCCCACUGCAGUACCCAGUCAAAUUGAUUUUGUUGGCACUGCUGAUGAAGCUGCAUCCACAGAGUUGGUUGAAUGUGCUCAGGCUCCAUCUACUCCUGGUUUAAUGGAAGAGACAAUUUCAGCUGCUGCACAGGGAAGUCCUGCUUUGAGUCCACAAAGGAAAACUUCACCAGUAACUGGUGAAGAGGCUGUGAAGUCUGAUAAACCUAGAUCGCAAUUGGAAUGUCGAGAUUCAACAACUGAAAGUGGUCCUAUACAAGCAGAAAUAAUGGACUGCGAGCCGGUUAAUGUUGUGCAACUGACCUCUUUGCCUACUUCAAGUGGGUUUGUAGCUGUAGCUGAUCAAUCUCAUUCAGAAUGUGGACAUAAGAGUGCAGAUAAUCUACAAAAUGAUAUUGUUUGUGAAGUGAAAGACAUGAUGGUUGGCAAUCAGAUUCAUGAUGAUGGGGAUGCCAUGCUUCCUGAAGUAAAUCCCUUGGAUGGCCUGGUAUCUGUGGCUAAUACUGAAGUAACGAUCAUCACUUCUAAAUUAUCUACUGAAAGUAUACUGGAAUCAAGUGUGACUUUAACUACUAAAAGCACUUCACUUGAGGAUAAUGCUGAGCCAUCAGUUCUCAAUAAACAGGAUUAUAAAGAAGAUAUUGACCAUUGUCCCAAUAGCAAUGCAUAUCCACUUAAUAUUGAUAGCAAUUUGCAACUGAAUCAAGCCAGUUCAUUGUCGGCAGAAGAUGGGGUUUUAGUAGAAAGUAUCCCUGAGUUUUCUCGACAAGACCUGAGAGCCCGUUCAGGAACUCCAGUGAGAGAGGAGGCACUCAAUGUUAGUGAAUCUUCUUUUGAUUUGCAAGGUGAAGACUUCAACAUAGCUAAUGCAACAAACACUGAUCUCAAGAUGCACCAACAGUCAGGACAUGCAUUAUCAGAACCUGUACCAGGUGUUAGCAACCCAAAUGAACCAUCGACUGGUCCUAUUUUGAAAGAUACCCAACUAGAUCAUUUUAACUGUUCUUCAAGUUCUGAGUUUCCUGAACCUGAAAAAAUGCUUUUAGCCCCAGCUGGCAAUGUUGACCAGGUUAGCGAAUUAGGACAGCUUACUGCAGAAAAGGGGGUAAUAGAGUCUGAUGGAAGUGUUAACAGGAUCAGUUGCCUUUGUGGCAAAAAACGUCGAUUAAUGGAGAGCACACCAGUUUUGCAAAAUGGGACUUCCACAAAGAUGUCCGGCAAAUCACGAAUUAGACGAAACACUAAUUAUGUUCCUGAUGAUGAUGAUUUGUUGGCAUCAAUUUUAGUUGGAAAAAGGACUCCAGUCUUGAGGAUAGGUUCGACCCCGCCACCCCCCAAAGCAGCUUCUCUAAAACGUCCUAGGGUAACAACCAGACUGGCCAUGCCCAAGAGGAAGGUUUUGCUGGAUGAUACUACAGUCUUACAUGCUGACGCAAUUCGGCAACAACUGAUAAAUGCUCAAGACAUACGCCGCAUGCGAAAGAAGGCUCCAUGUACUCGUCCUGAAAUUUGGAUGAUUGAGAAAAGUUUAUUAGAAGAUGAAAUAUUCAAUGAAUCUAUAAUUACUGGUGUAUCAGUAGAGCUGAACACCUUACACAAUCGAAGAUAUGAUUCUGAAGUUGAUGAAUCUCAUUCUCGUGCUGACCCAUCAAAAGAGGCUGAGCUUUCUAGAAGCUCAGAGUUUGUUAGAGAAACUAGUGGGAAAGAAAUGGCUGAGUCCAUUCCAGUUAUGCCAAAUAAAGCUGAUGUUGAAACACAGGGACCAUCAGGCACAUCUGCAUCGGUUGAGGCACUGUUUAACAAAGACUCCAGUGCUUAUGAUGCUCAAGAGCAUUUAGGAUCCCUAACUGAUCUUCCUCAGCCGGAUUUAUCAAACGAUAACCAAACACAUGCAAUUACAAUGAUGGAAAACAAUAUGCAGGAUGAAAAUGCUGAAGUUCACAUGUCUACACCUGCAAAAGAUUGUGGAGUUGAAGAUACUGCGGUUCACAAAAAUGAAGAUACUGCUCCAUCCUCUGAGAAGAUUGAUGAUAUACACAUGCAUUUGGAGCGGCAACCACUGCAUGAGUCGAAACAACCUGCCAGUGAGCUCUCAGAGAUGAACAAUGAAGCAUUACAGAUAACUGAAGUCACUUCUGUUAGAGGCUUAGAUGUUGCUGAGGAUGAAACCAGAGAUGCUUCUGUCAUGGCAGGAAAUGGGGGCAUAGCAGUUGCAGUAAACAUAAACUGCCCACAUGAUGCUCAUGCUGAUGUUGGCAAGAAGGGACACACAGAGACAUUAGUCUCUAUACAAGAUAGCAGUUUUUUUGAAGUUGAGGGAAAGGAUGAUGGUUUAGAUGCUAGAGUAGAAGAUGGAGCUGUGAUGCAGAAAAACUUGAAUAAUGAAGUGAACUCAUUUCAAGCAAAUACUGAAAUCGAAAAUGUUCCAUCUGCAGUUGGAGAAAAUUCUGGUUUGCAGGAACUUAAUGUAGAGGGUGGUAUGGAUGUAGAAAGCGCUCCCGUGGAUCUUGCUGCUGCAAAAGAAUGUAGUGAUUUUUGCAGUGCAGUCGAUGGCAAUGAUACAGAGUUUCUUAAUGUAGAUGAUGAAGCAGACUAUGAUGACGCAGCAGACCAUGACAUGCCAAAUCCCGAAGAGGCCCAGUCACUUGAAAACAGCGGUUGGUCUUCUCGGACUAGGGGUGUUGCAAGGUAUUUAAAAGUUUUGUUCGAUGAAGAAUCUGGACGUGGCAGAAAAAAUGUUGCCAUGGAUCACCUUUUAGCUGGUAAAACUCGCAAAGAAGCAUCAAGAAUGUUCUUUGAGACUUUGGUUCUGAAAACAAGGGAUUACAUUAAUGUUGAACAGGAAAACCCUUUAGAAUGCAUCAAUAUCAAGCCUACAAUAAAGCUUCUGAAGUCAGAGUUCUAAUGCAAGAGGCACACAAUAAUAUAAAUAACCUUGUAUUUCUAAUUUAUGGUGAUGCUUGCUCCACCCUUUUUGUUGCUCAGUCACCUCAUUUUGAUUUCCACAAAGUCAUGUCUUUUAUUAUUUCCUUUUAUUGUACUGAUCUCCUAGCUUGGGGUGGAGUGGAGUUGGUGCAUGUGUUUGUACACGAAUUACAUACUCUGUAUAUAUAUUUGUAAAUUAAAUCAUUUAGUGUUGGUAUUCUAUAAAGUUAACUGGUCUUCCUGUUUAA